AUGAGUGAGCCCUCAUCAUGGACCUCUGCAGGGUCCUUGGAACUCCAAGCAAAUAGUGGCUCCUGGGGGGCCCCAGAGGAGGUACCUAUAGCUGCUUCAAAGCCCCGACACAGCCUGAGUGUUCUCCAUGCCUCCUACAGCGUCAGCCACCGUGUCGGGCCCUGGUGGGACAUCACACCUCGCCAGCAGCAGUGGAACAGGCAGAUCCUCAAAGACGUUUCCUUGUACGUGGAGAGCGAGCAGAUCAUGUGCAUCAUGGGGAGCUCAGGCUCUGGGAAAACCACGUUGCUAGACACCAUGUCUGGGAGGCUGCGGUGCAAGGGAACCCUUCUGGGAGAGGUGUUCGUGAAUGGAUGCAGGCUGCACCGAGAGCAGUUCCAGGAAUGCUUCUCCUACGUCCUGCAGAGUGAUACUCUGCUGAGCAGCCUCACGGUGCGGGAGACGCUGAGCUACACAGCGUUGCUGGCCAUCUGUGGUGGCUCCCAGGGCUUCUUCCAGAAGAAGGUGGAGGCAGUCAUGGCGGAGCUGAGUCUGAGUCACGUGGCAGAUCGACUAAUUGGCAACUACCACUUUGGGGGAAUUUCCAGUGGUGAGCGGCGCCGGGUCUCCAUUGCAGCCCAGCUCCUCCAGGAUCCCAAGGUCGUGCUGUUUGACGAGCCAACCAAAGGCCUGGACUGCAUGACUGCCAGUCAGAUUGUUGUCCUCCUUGCGGAGCUGGCCCGCAGGGACCGCAUGGUGAUCCUCACCAUCCACCAGCCCCACUCCGAACUCUUCCAGCUCUUUGACAAAAUCGCCAUCCUGAGCUGUGGAGAGCUGGUUUUCUGCGGCACGCCAGUGGAAAUGCUUGAUUUCUUCAAUGGCUGCAAUUACCCUUGUCCUGAGCAUUCCAACCCUUUUGACUUCUAUAUGGACCUGACGUCAGUGGAUAGUCAAAGCAAAGAACGGGAAAUAGAAACCUACAAGAGAGCCCAAAUGAUCGAAUCUGCCUAUAAGGAGUCAGCAAUUUAUCACAAAACUUUGGAGAAUAUUGAAAGAACAAAACACCUGAAGACAUUACCAAUGGUUCCUUUCAAACCCAAAGAUUCUCCUGGAGCUCUCUCUAAACUCUGUGUCCUCCUGAGGAGAGUGACGAGGAACUUACUGAGAAAUAAGCUGGCAGUGACAAUGCGUCUCACUCAGAAUCUGAUCAUGGGCUUGUCUGUCAUUUUCUUCCUCCUACGAGUUCAGGAUGACAUGUUAAAGGGUGCUUUCCAGGACCGAGUAGACCUCCUGUACCAGAGUCUGGGCGCCACCCCAUACACAGGCAUGCUCAACGCAGUGACUCUGUUCCCUGUGCUGCGAGCUGUUGGCGACCAGGAGAGUCAGGACGGCCUGUACCAGAAAUGGCAGAUGCUGCUGGCCUACAUGCUGCAUGUCCUCCCCUUCAGUAUCCUUGGCAUCAUGAUUUUCAGCAGUGUGUGCUACUGGACUCUGGGCUUAUACCCUGAUGUGGCCAGAUUUGGAUAUUUCUCUGCUGCUCUCUUGGCCCCCCACUUAGUUGGUGAAUUUCUAACUCUGGUGCUACUUGGUAUCAUCCAAAACCCAAACGUUGUCAACAGUGUAGUGGCUCUGCUCAGCAUUGCUGGAGUCCUUGUUGGAUCUGGACUCAUAAGAAACAUGGAAGAAAUGCCCAUUCCUUUUAAAAUCUUCAGUUAUUUUACAUUCCAAAAAUAUUGCUCUGAGAUUCUUAUAGUCAAUGAGUUCUAUGGACUGAAUUUCACUUGUGGCAGCUCAAACAAUCCUGUGACAACUAACCCAAUAUGCACCUUUACUCAAGGAAUUCAGUUCAUAGAGCAAACCUGCCCGCGUGCAACAUUCAGAUUCACAGCAAACUUUCUGAUGUUAUAUGCAUUUAUCCCAGUUCUUGUCAUCCUAGGAAUAGUUGUUUUUAAAAUAAGGGAUCAUUUCAUUAGCAGAUAGCAAAAAUCAUUGCUGCAAAAAUGGAACUUAAGCUCCUGGGUGUGCAUGACUCCUCUGAAUGUCUGAAAAAAGAAUGCUGUGUGUUCCUUUCUUGAUGCUGCAUCUUAAGUCUUUUAACCCUUAUGACCUGUGCCCCUCAGAUCCAGGCAGG